CAAACCCACAAACUUACACCACUAUACAAAUCUACAAUUCAACCAUGGAGCAAAUACACAAGAUAACUCUUCUCUCGGAUCUAACCCCCCCUUCCCUCGAACGCACCUGGCUCAGCGCCCCGCAUCCGACGCUCCCCCUCCUCGCGACCUGCAGCGCCGACAAGACGGUGCGCGUGUACUCGCUGACCAACUUCCGGCUGCUCUCGACCAUCUCCGGAGGGCACAAGCGGAGCGUGCGGUCUGCGGCAUGGAAGCCGAACACGAAAGAAAAUGUACUGGCAACAGGGAGCUUUGAUGCAACUGUUGGGAUAUGGAGGAACGACGAGCAGGAGGAUGAAGAUGAAGGGGAUGGACAAGACCGAGAUCCAGAAGAGGGAUGGGCGUUUUCAGUGCUAUUGGACGGACACGACAGCGAAGUGAAAUCUGUGUCGUGGUCAUCGUCGGGCAGUCUGCUAGCCACCUGUUCGCGCGACAAGUCGAUCUGGAUCUGGGAAGACCUUGAAGACGGGGAUAAUAACUUCGAGACGGUGGCGGUCAUGCAGGAGCACGGCGGGGACGUCAAAUGCGUCUCCUGGCAUCCCGUGGAAGAGUGUCUGGCGAGCGGAAGCUACGACGAUACCAUCCGGUUGUGGCGCGAGGAUGUCGACGAUUGGGGGCAGGUCGCGUGUUUACGAGGCCAUGCCGGCACAGUCUGGUGUGUGGAUUGGGAGGGGGAAGGGGGAGGAAGCACCACCACCACUACCAUUCCGGCUGGAGGCAAUUCUUCCCAGAUAUCGGCAUGGAAGGAGAAACAUGCCCGGUCUGCUCGUCUGGUCUCCUGCUCCGACGACCGGACGGUCCGCAUCUGGCGCCGUCAACCAAAAGAUCAUCACCAGCAGUACCGCCCGUCAGAUGUUCCCAGCAUCAUCCGGCCGACGGGGCUGGAAGAGCACUGGGACGAGGAGGCCGUCCUGCCUACGGCGCAUGACUUGUCCAUCUACACGGUGGCAUGGAGUAAAGCCAGUGGCCGCAUUGCUUCUGUGGGCGCCGAUGGACGAAUCGUCGUGUAUGAAGAGCAAUUCACGACUUCUUCGGAUGAUCCUUUGCAAACGACAUGGACUGUCAUUGACUCCCUGCCUGGUGCUCAUGGCAUCUACGAGAUCAACCAUGUUGCCUGGGCGAAGCGCGCCGAUCGUGGCAAGCAGGCGGAUGAGGAGGUCUUGAUCACCACAGCAGACGAUGGGAGUGUGAAGGUGUGGUUAGUCUAGAAACAGAUCCUCCUUUUUCAACAAGUUCAACAUAUUUGACUACAUUCUCAAAAAAUACCUAUAGAUAAUAGAC